AUGACGGGGGCGAGCAGCUGGGGCGGAGCCUGGCGUCCCCUCCCGUGUCCGGCCGCGCCCGUCCUCCGGGCCGCCAAAAGAAAACUGGCCGCCGCCGCCGCCACAAGCUGUCCCUACAGAGCGCCUGCCCCAGCGGAGCGGGCCGCACUGCGCUCCGGCGCCCCGCUCGUCUCCGGCCUCCGCCCCAGCGUGGGGUCGCCAGGCCCGCGCGUGCGCAGCGCGGGAGGGGCGCGGGCCGGGACCCCCGGGCCAGCGCGUGCGCGGACAGAGCCCUGA